AGACACCCCUAAAUGAUUAUAUAUCCAUUCAUGGGCUGCUGCAGAAGAAGAAGAAGAGAUGAGCCAGCAGAGCAAACUCUGUCAGGACCUUCAACCGACCCCCUCCUCCUUUGCCCCUUUAAAGAAAUUCCAUGUAAUGUAUCCAUUAUAGAAUACUAGCUGGAGAAGCCAAGAGAGACCAGACAGAGACAAAUUGCGUCAAGAAAUAGUUCCUGUGAUACCUUGCUACACCAGAUACCUAGCCCUCGCACACACAGGCACACAGCCUCUCUCUCCCUCUCUUUCUCUCUCUCUCUCUCUCCCCCCUGUCUCUCUCUCUCUCUCUUUCUCAUUAACAGCAGAGCUAUGGAAAAGCCAGGUCGCAGAGCGAGCCCUCCAGCCAGCGAAGGAACAGAGUCGCCUCUCAGCGAAUGGCACGUAAGACCCAACUGCUGCUAAUAGCUGCAUUAUUUCAAGAGUUUUGAUGAAAACCCAAGUCGCAUAGGCGCUAUUUAAAAAGAGAGAGAGAGAGAGAGAGGAAAAAAAUUGAAAGCGAGGGGGAAAAAAAGACCUGCGGAUUGAUCUACACUGUAUUUUGGGUAAAUACAAUCACGUGAGCGCUGGGAGCCAAUGGCAAGCGGGGAAAGGCUGAAAAAAUAAUUACCUGCCCUGAUUGUUCUAUGAGAAGAUAAAAAGUACACAUACAGUUCAUACAAUAAUCUUAUGAAUGUAAAAGAGGGGGGAACAAUGUCGGCUUCGGGUCCCAUAAGCAACUAUUAUGUAGAUUCCUUGAUUAGUCACGAAAGCGACGAACUGUUGGCAUCCAGGUUCCCGGCGACUGGCUCUCACCCUGCGGCAGCCAGACCGUCAGGACUAGUACCGGAGUGUGCCGAUUUUCCGUCCUGCAGCUUUGCCCCCAAACCGGCCGUGUUUACAACUUCGUGGGCGCCCGUGCACUCCCAGUCGUCCGUGGUCUACCACCCGUAUACCCACCAACCUCACAUUGGAGCUGACACCCGGUAUAUGCGCACUUGGCUGGAGCCUAUCUCCGGCGCGGUUUCCUUCCCAGGUUUUCCAACCAGCAGCCGGCACUACGGGCUUAAACCCGACGCCUUCCACGGCCGCAGGGAUUGCGGACCCGUGGAUGCACGUAGUUACCCGGAUUAUAUGUACGGAUCCCCGGGAGAUCUCAGGGACAGAACCCCGCAGACUAUUCCCUCCCCGGAAUCUGAGGCCAUCGCUUCCAACAAACACAAAGAAGAAAAGACCGAAUUGGACCCUAACAACCCUGUGGCAAACUGGAUCCAUGCACGCUCCACAAGGAAGAAAAGAUGUCCCUACACGAAAUAUCAAACGCUGGAAUUAGAAAAGGAGUUUUUGUUCAAUAUGUACCUAACUCGGGACCGCCGUUACGAAGUGGCCAGGGUUCUUAACCUCACGGAGCGCCAAGUCAAAAUCUGGUUUCAGAACAGGCGGAUGAAAAUGAAGAAAAUGAACAAGGAGAAAACCGACACUAAGGACCCGCAGUGAAAUGAGUCCCAGGAAGGAAGGAAGGAAAGAAGGAAGGAAGGAA